UAUGGAAAGUUGGAAACCAUAGUAGAUGUGUUGUGUACCAUCCAUUCUCAAUAUCACUCAGAUUCUCCACUAACUCGCUCACUCACUCAUACACACCCCCACGCUACCAAUUUUAUUUCCUCUUCUUCUUCUUCUUCUUCUUUGUGAUUUGUUAACUCACACUCCCACUCUCUCAUCUCUCUCUAUAUAUACACUCCUAUAUUUCCUAUCCUUUCUUAUUCUUCUCUUCUUCACUCUUCGGGAAUCACCAUCCACAGUUUACAAAGGGAGUGCCUUUAAUGGCCAAUCUCACGCAUUGCAGUGCUGAUCCCUACCCUUACAACUGGAAUUUUUAUUUAUUUAUGUUUGGUUACAUGGGACAGUAGGGACACCAUGCAGACCUAGGAACAGGGUCCGACCACGGAUACCGGCAAGGGCUUAAUUGGGGUGGACAUGAUCUGAGGAUGCAAAUUCGAAACUUAUAGAAGCAAUCAAGUAACUGUUAGCUUGUGCAGAGAAUGUAUCUCUUUUGUUAGAAUGUGGAUGAGUCUCAUGAAUUGUAAAAAUAGACCCAACUUAUAAGAUACCUAGUGGUUUCAAAAUAGGGUGAAAUUCAUGACGCCAAGGACAUCUUGUUCCAUACGAGAAACAUGCUUACUCCUGAAGGAGAAAUAAAAAUAAGUUUUGGCUAUCAGUGCAACAAUAUUGAAAGAGGUGGCAUCCCUUGUGAGGUGGCAAAUCGCCACAACAUCCUUCCUGAAGUCCGUAGGACAAGCAGUUUCUCAUGCUUGUCAGGUGCGGCCUUAAGCGCAAACGCUACACUCGCCAACACAAACCUCUGCAAUGGUAAGAUAGGAGGUGAAAUUCUUCCAAGUUGGGACUCUCCUAAUUCAUUUCGCAAGGUGCCCUCUUCACCAAGUCUUUCAAAGCUGGAAAGGCUAUCAUCUUCUCUGCCAAGUAGUUUAUCUUACCUAAGUUGUAGUCCUUCCACCUCAAGUGAUAUACUAGAAUAUGACCCCUGCACAUUCAAGUCCAUGAGCGAUCCUACCAGAACUGAAGGUUUUCUUAAUGCUACCGAACUACAAGUGGCGGGAGGAGCUGCUGGUGAAGAUAGAGUUCAAGCGGUAUGUUCUGAAGAGAACGGAUGGCUCUUUUGUGCAAUUUAUGAUGGCUUUAAUGGUAGAGAUGCAGCUGACUUUCUGGCUGGUACACUCUAUGAUACCAUCAUAUCUCACUUGAACAAGUUAUUUUGGGAAUUUGAGCCAGUUUCCAUGGUAGAAUCUGAAAAUUUGAUAAGUUUGGGUGGAUCCCCUCAAUAUAACUUAGAGCAGAACCACAGCCUUAUUUGUGAUGCAGACCGAUCCCUUUCACACAGGGUACUUGAUAGCCUCCAAUGUGCUCUUACUCAAGCUGAGAAUGAUUUCUUGUACAUGGUUGAGCAGGAAAUGGAGGAUCGUCCAGAUUUAGUUUCAAUUGGAUCUUGUGUUUUAGUUGUGCUUCUUCAUGGUAAUGAUUUGUAUACACUUAAUCUAGGUGACAGCAGAGCAGUAUUGGCAACAUGCAGUCAUGGCGAUGGAAGACUCAAGGCUAUCCAGCUUACUGAUAGCCAUACCGUCGACAAUGAAGCCGAAAGAGCUACACUUGUAGCCAAUCAUCUUGAUGAUCCCAAGGUUGUUGUAGCAGGAAAGGUGAAAGGGAAGCUCAAGGUUACUCGCGCCUUUGGAGUCGGCUACUUGAAAAAAAGAAAUCUCAAUGAUGCUUUGAUGGGAAUCCUUCGAGUGCGUGAUCUAACAAGCCCUCCAUAUAUUUCCACUCAACCAUCACUGAAUGUCCAUAAAAUCUCGAAUUCUGAUCAAUUUGUUGUGGUAGGGAGUGAUGGUUUAUUCGACUUCUUCAGCAACGUUGAGGCAGUAAAGCUUGUUGAGUCUUAUAUCUUGAGCAACCCUUUGGGCGAUCCAGCAAAGUUUCUCAUAGAAGAGCUUGUAGCUAGAGCAGCUCAUUCUGCAGGUCAAUUUUUCUCCAUCUUUUACUAAAUUUGAUUUCAAUAUCAAGAACACUUACAAACUUUUUGUAUAUCUGUUUAGCUGAUCAAUAUUGAUGCAGGUU